AUGACGACUAGAAUUGCUCCCGGAGUCGGAGCCAACUUGCUCGGCCAACACUCCGUCGAGAGAAACCUAGACGCCACCGUUCACGUCGGCAAUCUCGACCCUCGGGUUGAUGAAAAAUUGCUGUGGGAACUGUUUGUUCAAGCUGGCCCUGUUGUUAAUGUGUAUCUUCCCAAAGAUAGAGUGACCAACCUGCAUCAAGGGUAUGGAUUCGUGGAAUUCCGAAGCGAAGAGGAUGCUGAAUACACAAUCAAAGCGCUUAAUAUGAUCAAGCUUUUCGGAAAGCCAAUUCGUGUAAACAAGAACUCCCAAGAUAAAAGGAGCUUGGAUGUAGGCGCAAACCUCUUCGUCGGAAACGUUGAUCCUGAUGUGGAUGAGAAACUUCUCUACGAUACGUUCAGUGCUUUUGGAGUCAUAGUUACAAGCCCUAAGAUAAUGAGAGACCCUGAAACUGGAAACUCCCGUGGUUUCGGCUUCGUUAGCUUUGAUUCCUUUGAGGCAUCUGAUGCAGCUAUUGAGGCUAUGUCUGGCCAGUAUCUAUGCAAUCGUCAGAUAACAGUGUCGUAUGCGUAUAAGAAAGACACUAAAGUGCGUCAUGGUACUCCGGCAGAGAGAGUCUUGGCUGCUAGCAAUCAAACCUCAAAGAGGCGCCGACCUCACACAAUGUUUGCUAGUGCGCCUCCAACAGUUCCCAAUGGUUCUCAGGCCAACGGUGGCAUGGCUGCUCCAGUUCCUCCACGUUCCUUUGCAAACGGUGGUGUUGGUGUGGCUUUCCCGCCGCAAGGUAUGGGUUUCCCGCCAAUGCAGGUUCCUGUACAGCCAACUUGGCAAGGUCAACAGCCUCAACAACCAAUGAUGCCUCCACUGCCAAUGCAGCAGUUCAGUCAUGUUGCUCCGAAUAUGCCUCCACCGCCAAUGCAGCAGUUCAGACCUGCUCCCUGGCAUGUGCCGCCACUGCCUCCGCAGGCCGCUCCAACUCCUCCACGGUCUCUUGCACCUCCUAUGGCCUAA